AUGGCGACCCUUCCUCUUCCCAAGGUGGAGUCUUUGGUGGACUGCACUUCUUUCCAGCUAACUGUGCUCCCCUACCUCGCGCAGCUCCAAUGGCUCCCCGCCAGCUUGCGCGAAGCGGGCCGAGACCUGGAGAGCUUGAAGGAGAUCUACCUCGCGACCAACCCCUUGAUCUCUGCGCUUGCCCUGGGAACAGUUCUUGCUGGUGUUUUCUUCGUGGCUGCUGAGAUUAACCGGAACUACUCGCAGGUGGAUCGUUUCUGGAGCAUCCUGCCCUCCGUGUACAACGUUCAUUUCGCCGUCUGGGCGCGUCUGGCCGGCAUUCGCACAGAGACUUUGGACACUAUCGCUGUCAUCAGCACCCUAUGGAGUGUUCGUUUGACCUAUAACUAUUGGCGUAAAGGUGGUUACUCAAUUGGCUCGGAGGAUUACCGGUGGAAAAUUGUGCAGUCGCAAGUGAACAGCACUUUUCUUUUCACCAUUUUCAACUUCGGAUUCAUCUGCGUGGCUCAGUCUUUGCUGCUCCUGCUCAUCACCACCCCGACCUACGUCUUCGUCGUUGCAGCCAACAACCAAGCCGACACCUUCACUCUGGCCGAUCUGGCCUUCUCUCGCGGCGCUAUCUUCCUUGUCGCCAUCGCAUACUUCGCCGACCAGCAGCAGUGGAACUUCCAGACUGCUAAGCAGGAGUACCUCAAGAACGCACGCAUCCCAGAGCCCUUAAAGGAUCAAUACGCACCUGAGGACCUAGAGCGUGGCUUUGUUGUCAGUGGACUCUGGUCAUGGUCGCGACACCCCAACUUUGUCGCCGAGCAGGCCUUUUGGUUGACCAUGUACAUCUGGUCCGCCUACCGCACUGAGAACUACCUCCAGUGGACUGGACUUGGUGUCAUUGGCUACCUUGCUAUUUUCCAGGGUAGCACACGUCUUACCGAGACUAUCAGUGCAGGCAAGUACCCCGAGUACAGCGAGUACCAGGCUCGCGUGGGCCGUUUCCUUCCUCGCCUGUCUGUCGAAGCCAAGAAGACCAAGUCUAAGGGCAAGAAGACUGCUCCAGUUGAAGAUGAGCAGCCCGUCGGUGAGGACACUGAGGAGAAGAAGAUCAAAUAA